AUGCGCCUGACUGGACGGGCAUCCCGCUCCUCAUGGGCGGGUCUCCUGACGGCCACCUUUAUGGGCUUACAGGUAGUUGGGGCUGUUGAGUUGGAUCUCGAUGAUGAGCUCUCCAUCAAGAAGGCUGCGAAACAAGUCGCGAACAACAUGAUGACUUAUUACACCGGUAUGAAUCCCGGCGAUAACCCGGGUAACCUGCCCGAUCCAUAUUACUGGUGGGAGGCCGGUGCUAUGUUCAACGCAUUGAUCGACUACUGGUACUACACCGGCGACACGAAAUGGGUCGAUAUCACCACUCAGGGUAUGCUGUGGCAGGCAGGUGAUAAUUAUGCCUUUAUGCCUAGCAACCAGAGUAAGACAGAAGGAAAUGAUGAUCAAGCAUUUUGGGGAUUCGCUGCGAUGUCUGCUGCCGAGCGCAAUUUCCCCAACCCUCCCAGCGGCCAGCCUCAAUGGCUCGAAAUGGCUCAGGCUGUUUUCAAUACUCAGGCAUCACGAUGGGACCCCGGUACAUGUGGCGGUGGACUGCGUUGGCAGAUCUUCACCUGGAACAACGGCUACAGCUACAAGAACACCAUCUCGACGGGUGGCUUUUUCAACAUCGCUGCGCGCCUGCACAAGUAUACCGGCAACCAAACGUACGCUGAUUGGGCAGAGAAAGCCUGGGACUGGACCAGACAAGUCGGUUUCAUGACCGACGAGUAUCAUUUCUGGGAUGGCGCAAGCGAUCUGACUGAUUGCCAAGAGAUGAACAAAAUCGAGUGGACAUACAACAAUGGCGUCUACUUGCUCGGCGCAGCCAACAUGUACAACGCAACAGAAGAUCCCAAGUGGAAGGAACGGGUGCAGAAGGUCCUCGAUGCUUCUGACAUCUUCUUCGCAACGAACCCUGAAAACGUCAUGUACGAGCGUGCCUGUGAGACGGUAAAUACAUGCAUGGUGGAUCAGCGCUCGUUCAAGGGCUAUCUCGCACGAUGGAUGGCUGCCACCACUCAGAUGGCACCAUUUACCUACGAUCAAAUUAUGCCCAAGCUAAAGGCUACCGCUAAGGCAGUAGCCAAGAGCUGCACUGGUGGCAGUGAUGGGACAACCUGCGGCCUGAAAUGGACAGAGCAGAAAUGGGACAACACCAAAGACUUCGGUCAACAGAUGGCUUCCCUUGAUGUGAUUCAGUCUAACCUCAUCAACAAGGUGGCUCCGCCAGUUACCGAUGAUAACGGCGGUACUAGCAAGGGAAAUCCUAAUGCCGGUGGGAAGCCCCAACAGCCAAAGCCAAAAGCCUUGUCAUUCUCAAUCACGACCGCGGACAGGGCAGGUGCUGGUAUCUUGACAGCAAUGACGAUGGUCCUGAUUGGUGGAUCGUGUGGCUGGAUGGUCUGGGAUUGA